UGGAUGAGCAGAUGGACGGCAUCUGCUGUCAGUCCAAGUGUCGAGUCAAGAGCGCUUGCCUGGUAGAGCAGGACAGGUUGCCCGAGGACGUCGAGGAGUCUCGCGGGGCCCUGGGACGAGCCGACAGCUUCAUCGUCCUCAACAAGUCUCGUGAUGCAGAGACAGACAGGAAGCUGCUCUCCUUCGCCGAGCGAUUCUUCAGGAGGCUCGUCGUCUUCGAGCAGUCGGAUGAUGCCAUCCGCUACCGCACACGCUCCAUGCUUCGAGGCGAGAUGGUGGUGGGACUGGACCGACCGAACAAGGUCAUUUCAUGGGACGGGAGCCAGACGCUGCUGGACAAGCAAGUGAGGUGUGCAAGGAUGGGCAUCGUCGAGUACUGGAGAGCCAAAGCAUACAAGGAGCUGCAACGGCAGAGAGAUGAGCUUGACUCCAUCGACAAGGAGCUCAAGGAGAUCAUCAAGAACUGCAAUGAUGUGGAGAACAACGAGAUGAGUCAGAGCGCCAGGUUGACCGGAAAGAAGCGGGUGAACACAGAUCAGGAGCAGCCACAGGAAGACGGGGAGGACGAGUUGAGGCCUCGCAAGCUCUUUCGUGAGAGUAGAGAUUGAAUUCAGCAGUAUCUAUGAAUCGACUUACAUCCAGGGCAUCACCCGACCAGGUUAGGGAAAGUCAUCGGGAUUCGUCUUUCUUGUACAAGAUAUACAAGAUGGUCGUGG